AUGCAUUUGUAUGAUCUAGCAUCAGUCCCUCCAUGGCGAAAUGGCUUUCUACCACGGUAUCCGUGGCGGGUGCCUGCCUGGGCCGACGCAAGCAGAGCUAUCAUGCCUGCGCUGCCAGCCAGACAACCUGAUCACAAUGUGUGGUCUUACCCAGCUGGCAAUCUAACCUGGUCUCCACACAUGAGUGGACUGAGCUAUUUACCCGGGACAGUUCCGUGGACUCCUGCCACACUGUUUGCUGUACCAUGGCCCCAGAUAGUCGAUGAACGCCCGGAGAUUGUACCCUGCCUCGCUACAAAUCCUUUCCAACCAGAUAUGCCUCUACUUCAGUGGGAUAUCCGCCAGAACCCAAUUACAGCUAGGCUGACAACAGGCGCACAUAUUUCCAUGGAUCUGGCACACACUCUGAGCUCUCAAGUCACGGAUAUCCCGGUUGGCAUUAUCGACAUUGCCGUCCCAGCUUGUCCCACGGCGUACAUGUGGGAUGUCAUCAGGGUGCAAAGGACGAGUGCUAUCAAGGUCCAAGAUGUUCUCGAUGCCAUUUACAACUGGUUGCAGAUACCUCUUACUCGAGCUGAGAUGGAGCACAUCGAAUGUGUAAACCCAGACGGUGGCGAAGCAAUUUCGCGGGCUUUACAAGAGAGAGCUUCUGCGAGUCCGACGUUACAUGGCUGGGAGUAUCGACAAGGACCGCGGCGUAUAGACUGUUUAGGAGAUGUUCGUAGAUGGAUGGGAUUGAGCUACGCUCCUACGGGACAGGGCAUGCAACUGUUUCUCAACCUUCAAACCGUACAUCGAUUAUAA